GCGCGAGGCGGUGGUCGGUAUGGCGGGAGGCUCGAGCGGCUUCACAUUUCUCGGGGUUCUGCUGCUCGCGGCCAUUCUGCUGCAGACCGUGGCCGUUACCGUCACCGUGCUCUACUUCACUAACGUCCUCAACACGAUGAAGGAGACAUUUGCAAGGAGCAGUGUGUCUUGUCUGACACGGUCUGACCUCAGAGGGGGGUACGUGCGCUCUCCGACCGAGGGGAGAGGAGACCCCUGCUGGCAGGUCACACAGCAACUACACACCCUCAUAGAGAAGUCUCUGUUUCAGCGAUAUCAGAGGGAGAUCUCCUCAGCAGUUAGAGACGAGAUGUCCAGGGUGUUGCCCUCACUGGCAAUGGAGGACCAGGCUUCUUCUCGUCCCAAAGUUGCCGCCCACGUCACUGGCAGCUUCGCUCCCAAAGCAGCGAGGGAGGGAGGAGCUUCUCCCGGGCGGCGUGUGCAGGGGCAGAAGAUCUCGUGGUGGGAGGGGCAUAAAGGGCUGGCAUUCCUUCAGGACGUUCGAUUGAUUGAUGGAGAGCUGGUGGUGCCUUGCCCAGGACUCUACUAUAUCUAUGCCCAGACCUACUUCAGACACACCCACCCUGGGGGAGAGGAGGGGGAGGAAGAGGUGGAAGAGGAGAGGGAGCAGAGGGGGAGGCCUAUGUUGCAGUAUGUUUAUAAGAAAGUGUCUUCCUAUCCGGUACCCAUCCUGCUAAUGAAGACCAGCCGUACCUCCUGCUGGUCCCGGGAUUCCCAGUUCUCUCUACACUCGGCCCACCAGGGAGGGCUGUUCCCAUUGGCCACCGGGGACCGCCUCCUCGUCACCGUUAGCAACGCCUCCGCCAUCGACAUGGAUGAGAGGAGCAGCUUUUUCGGGGCUGUCCUGGUCAGCUAGUGGUCAGGGGUUAGUCUAUAUGGUGGCUUGGAUGGUUUGGGGCUAACGGACACCAGCAUACUCACCGUUUGGGAGCCAUAUGUGUGUGUGUACUGACAGACAGAUCAUUCUGAGAGCUGUGUGUGAGUAUGUGUGUUUGUAUGGGUGUACAGAUGUACAAAGCUUUAAGCUCUCUGACUGCUAGGCUGGACAUGCGAGGAGGCGUGAGCAGAGCUGGUGUGGUUAUCCUAUUAUCUUCCACUCUGGUGCCGAUGGCCUAGCCUUCCCUCAUGGCUCAUCCAAUUAGCUGUGCCUGAAGCCAGCAGGCCUGUGCUGAUUAGAUGAAAAGCAGAUGAGUGGCGUGAGGUCGGGGGCCAAUGUCUGCUUUAGAACUUCAGGACAACUGACCGACAAUGAAUCAGCGAGGGGAUGAUUGUGGAUAACUGUCUUACUGCUCUUUUCAUAUUAAAAGGAUGAGUGUCUCUUU